UCCCUCCCCUCCUUUUUCAACAUGGCCGCCGUGUCCACUCUCCUAAGUGACGCUCAGAUCGGAGACUGACUCCAUUUCCACCCUCCAGUGCCUCUCAACUUUUGGUGUACAUCAACUUUGCGUGGAUGCAAGUCACGCUCGCCACUUCGGGCUCUCCAUUUAGUGGCAUAACCUUCACCAAUCACUCCCUCCACUGGGCCUUUUUUUUUUUUUUUUUUUUUUUUUUUUUUUACCCCCUAAAACAACCAACUGCCAGCCAACAACAGUUUCCAGUGCAAUGGUUUGAGGAGGUGCACUCAGUUUUUUUCUCCCCCCUCUCCCCUCCUCUCCUCUUCAUGAACGAUGUGCGAAAACUGCGCCGAGCUGGUGGAGGUUUUAAAUGAAAUAUCGGAUGCAGACGGCAGUGAAGGAGGCUUCCAGCUGAAGAAGGAACAUGCCCUGCGGGUGCUGGGUUACAUCAGCUCCUGGACUCAGAGGCAAUGUCUGUGCUGCUUCAAGGAGUACAAGCAUCUGGAGGUUUUUAACCAGCUGGUCUACGCCCUCAUCAACCUGGUCAUCGCUCAGAUCAGCAGCUUGAGGGACAGGCUCUGCAGGGUCCAGGACCACACCUGCAAAGGGGGCGCGUCCGGGUCGGAGCGGGCAGCGGGGUCCGAGUGGGGCGGGGGGGAGUCCGGGCACGGCGCCCUCCCCCAGCCGCCCUCCUCGCCCGGAGAGGAUGAGCCCGUCAACGUGGAGAGAGACUCCGCCGAGGAGGACGCGGACGCUCCGGACCUGAACCAGAAGAAGAAGACGACGACCCAGAGCCAGGAUCAGGGCCCCGGCCAAGCGGCGGAGGCCCCGGGGGAAGAGCUGGGCUCCGGGGGCGGCGAUGACGGCGCAGGGGGGGGCAGCAGCGACUGCAACAGCGACAACCAGGAUCCCUUCAGCUCCUGGAGCACAGAGGAGAGGGAGAAACUGCUGCUAUGUGCCGCCAAGAUCUUCCAGAUCCAGUUCCCCCUCUACACGGCGUACAAACACAACACACACCCCACCAUAGAGGACAUAUCUGCUCACGAAAGCAACAUCCUCGGCUCCUUCUGUGACAUGAACGACGUGGAGGUUCCUCUGCAUCUGCUGCGCUACGUCUGCCUGUUCUGUGGGAAACACGGCCUCUCCCUGAUGAAGGAGUGCUUCGAGUCGGGAACUCCGGAGAGCCUCCCCUUUCCCAUCGCCCACGCCUUCAUCACCAUCGUCUCCAACAUCCGAAUAUGGUUGCACAUUCCUGCAGUCAUGCAGCACAUCAUACCGUUCCGCACCUACGUGAUACGGUACCUGUGUAAGCUGUCGGACCAGGAGCUGAGACAGAGCGCCGCCAGGAACAUGGCCGACCUGAUGUGGAGCACGGUGAAGGAGCCUCUGGACAGCGCGCUGUGCUUCGACAAGGAGAGUCUGGACCUCGCCUUCAAGUACUUCAUGUCCCCCACUCUCACCAUGAGGCUGGCAGGACUCAGCCAAAUCACAAAUCAGCUUCACACCUUCAACGACGUCUGCAACAACGAGUCCCUGGUGUCUGACACAGAAACGUCCAUAGCGAAGGAACUGGCCGACUGGCUGAUACACAACAACGUGGUCGAGCACAUAUUUGGGCCCAAUUUGCACAUAGAGAUCAUUAAACAGUGCCAAGUGAUCCUGAACUUCUUGGCUGCAGAGGGUCGACUCAGCACUCAGCACGUAGACUGUAUCUGGGCUGCAGCUCAGCUGAAACACUGCAGCCGUUACAUCCACGACCUUUUCCCUUCGCUCAUCAAAAACCUGGACCCGGUUCCUCUACAUCACGUCCUCAACCUGGUGUCAGGUCUCCACCCCAGCGCCCACACCGAGCAGACUUUGUACCUGGCCUCCAUGCUGAUCAAGGCCCUGUGGAAUAACGCCCUGGCAGCCAAGGCCCAGCUCUCCAAACAAAGCUCCUUCGCCUCCCUGCUCAACACCAACAUCCCCAUGGGGAACAAGAAAGGUUCUCCGGCUGCCAGUCCGGACAGCAGCGACAACAGCGACACUCAACACAGCGGAGGCAGCGACAUGGAGAUGGACGACCAGAUGAUGACGGGCAGUAAGAGGAGCCAGCAGAGACUCUCAGAUACAGAGGAGUCGAUGCAGGGCAGCUCAGACGAGACGGCCAACAGCGUGGAGGAAGGCAGCAGCGGUCCGGGCAGCAGCAGCGGCCGCAGCGAAGCCUCCAGCAACGAGGCCGCCUCCAGCCGGGCCAGCCAGUCGGCGGGGAGCCCCGGCAGCGAGAUGCACUCGGACGACAUGGCCGACAGCGAGGCCCUGAAGGAGGAGGAGGACGAGGAGGAGGAGGAGGAGGACGAGGAGGAGGACGACGACGACGAGGAGGAGGACGAAGACGAGCAGGGGAACAGGUCGGCGGCCGAGGGCGUCCUGCAGAAGGAGCCCAGAGAGCAGACCGAGUCGAGGAAGAGGAAGGCGGGGGAGGCUCUCGGGGAGGGGCCGAGCCAGGGGGCGGGGCCCAGCGGCUCAGGGGGCGGGGCCAAAGCCAAGACCCUCCCCUUCAGCCCGGAGACGUCUGCCAUCAUGGUGUCGGCGGCGUCGACGUCUCUCGAGGGCCGGAUGAGGAUGCUGGACGCCUGUUCUGCGUCUUCGUCGGCGCGUCCUGAGGGGGCGGAGCCCCAGCAACAGCCCCCGGACAUCAGCCCCUCCCAGAUGGUCCAGGGGCCUCAGGAGCCGCCCUGCCUGCCCAGGCCCGGGGACUUCCUCGGAGAGGCCAUGGGCAGCGAGCUCUUCAACUGCCGCAGAUUCAUCGGGCCCCAGCAUCAUCACCACCACCACCACCACCAUCAUCAUCACCACCAUGAAGGUCCCAUGGUGGAGGACAUGCUGAGCGCUGAUGACGUGAGCUGCAGCAGCUCCCAGGUCAGCGCCAAGUCAGAGAAGAACAUGGCCGACUUCGACGGGGAGGAGUCGGGCUGCGAGGAGGAGCUGGUCCAGAUCAACUCCCACGCCGAGCUCAGCUCCCACCUUCAGCAGCACCUCCCCAACCUGGCUUCCAUUUACCACGAGCACCUGGUGCAAGGUCCGGCCGUUCAUAAACACCAGUACUCCAGCAGCCACGCGGUGACGGACAUCAACCUAGAUAAUGUUUGCAAGAAGGGAAACACUUUGCUGUGGGACCUGGUGCAAGACGAAGACGCGAUUCAUCUGUCUGAGGGUCUGAUCAACGAGGCCGAGAAGCUGCUGUGUUCUCUGGUCUGCUGGUUCACCGACCGACAGAUCAGGAUGCGCUUCAUCGAAGGCUGCCUCGACAACCUGGCCCAUCACCGGUCCGUCGUUGUUUCCCUGCGGCUGCUUCCCAAACUUUUCGGCACUUUUCAGCAGUUUGGCUCCAGUUACGACACUCACUGGAUCACAAUGUGGGCUGAGAAGGAGCUGCACAUGAUGAAACUGUUCUUCGACAACCUGCAGCAUUACAUCCAGGAAGUGAGAGAACAGCGGCACAAGGUUGCACUGUACAGCCACAGUGCAGAGGUCCAGGUCCGUCUCCAGUUCCUCACCUGUGUUUUUUCCACGCUGGGAUCUCCAGACCACUUCAGGCUGAGUCUGGAGCAGGUGGACAUCCUGUGGCACUGUCUGGUGGAGGACGCCGAGUGUUACGACGACGCGCUGCACUGGUUCCUCAACCAGGUCCGCAGCAAAGACCAGCACGCCAUGGGCAUGGAGACCUACAAACACCUCUUCCUGGAGAAGAUGCCUCAGCUGAAGCCGGAGACCAUCAGCAUGACGGGCCUCAACCUCUUCCAGCACCUCUGUAACCUGGCCCGUCUCGCCACCAGCGCCCUGGACAACGCCUCCAGCUGUGAGCUGUGUGGGAUGGAUCAGCUGUGGGGCAUCGCUCUCAGAGCUCAGUCUGCAGACAUCAGCCGCGCUGCCAUCCAGUACAUCAACUCCUACUACAUCAACGCUGGUAAGACGGGCCUGGAAAAGGAGCAGGAGUUCAUCAGGAAGUGUAUGGAGAGUCUUCUGAUGGCCUCCGCCAACCUGGAGAAGGACGCUCACUCCAGCCUGACCAGCAUCGAGAGGGGGCUGCUCAUGCUCAAAACCCACCUGGAGGCCUUCAGACGCAGGUUCGCCUACCACCUACGACAGUGGCAGAUCGAGGGGACGGGGAUCAGCAGCCACCUGAAGGCUCUGAGCGACAAACAGUCUCUGCCGCUCAGGAUCGUCUGUCAGCCGGCCGGUCUGCCCGACAAGAUGACCAUUGAGAUGUACCCCAGCGACCAGGUGGCCGACCUGCGAGCUGAGGUGACCCACUGGUACGAGAACCUGCAGAAGGAGCAGAUGAACCAGCAGGCUCAGCUGCAGGAGUUCGGCCAGAGCAGCCGGCAGCCGGGAGACUUCCCAGGUGGUUUGAUGGGACCAGUCAGGAUGAUCUCCUCCGGUCAUGAACUCACCACAGACUACGAUGAGAAAACUCUGCAUGAGCUGGGCUUUAAAGACAUGCAGAUGGUGUUUGUGUCGUUGGGAGCUCCGCGGAGGGAGAGGAAGGGGGAGGGCAUCCAGCUGCCGGCGUCCUGUCUCCCCCCUCCCCAGAAGGAACACAUUCCCAUGUUGCUGCUGCUGCAGGAGCCUCACCUCACCACACUCUUUGACCUCCUGGAGAUGUUGGCCUGCUUCAAACCGCCCAACCCCAGCACCGAGAAGGUCCACGAGAGCCCCGAGAGUGCACGCUGUGAGGAGCUUCACCUUCAUGCAGAAAAUCUGUCUCGUCGGGUUUGGGAGCUUCUGAUGCUUCUUCCUACGUGUCCCAAGAUGCUGCAGGCGUUUCAGAACAUCUCAGACGACACGAACGGGGAGGGUCUGUGCUGGAAGGAGCUGCUGAGGAUUAAAAGUCCCCACAAGCUGCUGUACGCUCUGGAGAUCAUCGAGGCUUUGGGCAAACCCAACCGACGCAUCCACCGGGAGUCAACAGGCAGCUACAGUGACCUGUACCCAGACUCGGACGACUCCAGUGAAGAUCAGAUAGAAAACAGCAAGAACACCUGGAGCUGCAAGUUUGUUUCGUCCGGAGGUCUGCAGCUGCUCCUAGAUAUCUUCAGCUCUGGCAUCCUCGAACCAAAAGACCAGGAGUCUUGGACUGUGUGGCUGCUGGACUGCCUGGCUUGCCUGCUGAAGCUCAUCUGCCAGUUUGCCGUGGACCCGGCGGACCUCGACCUGGCCUACCACGACGUCUUCUCCUGGUCCGGCCUCGCCGACAGCCAGCGCAAACGGGCGUGGGCGGGAAAAUCGCGCAAAUCCACAGUAGACCACGGGAAAGGCCUGCACAUUCCUCGACUGACCGAGGUUUUCCUGAGUCUGGUCCAAGGCACCAACCUGAUCCAGCGACUGAUCAACGUGGCCUACACCUACGACAACCUUGCACACAGAGUCCUCAAGGCUCAGUCUGACCACAGGUCUCGGCACGAAGUGACUCACUACUCCAUGUGGCUGCUGGUGAGCUGGGCUCACUGCUCGUCCACAGUGAAGUCCAGUCUGGCCGACAGCGACCACCUCCAUGACUGGCUCAAGAAACUCACCCUGCUGGUGCCUGAGCCGGCGGUGAGGCACGAGGCCUGUAACGGCCUCUACAAGCUCUCUCUGUCGGGUUUGGAGGGAGGAGAGUCCAUCAACAGAUCCUUCCUGCUGCUCGCCGCCUCCACGCUGCUCAAGUUCCUCCCCGACGCCCAGGCCCUCAAACCCCUGAGGGUGGAGGACUAUGAAGAGGAGCCUCUGCUGAGGACCGGCUGUAAGGAGUACUUCUGGCUUCUCUGCAAACUCAUCGACAACAUCCACGUCAAAGACGCCAGCCAGAAGGUCUCUCCCUCUCUGUCGCUGGCCGGCUCGAUGCAGACCACCCUGCUGGACCUGGACGCCCUCGCCCGACACCUGGCUGACUGCAUCAGGAGCCGUGAGAUCCUGGACCAGCAGGACGGGACGAUAGAGGACGACGGGCUGACCGGCCUCCUGCGUCUCGCCACCAGCGUCCUCAAGCACAAGCCUCCCUUCAAGUUCUCCCGCGAGGGGCAGGAGUUCCUGCGGGACGUCCACAACCUCCUCUUCCUCCUCCCCAGCCUGGCCGACCGCGCUCAGCCCAAAUGCAAGUCCCACGCGGCCCGGGCUGCCGCCUACGACCUGCUGGUGGAGACGGUGAAGGGCUCCGUGGAAAACUACCGGCUGCUCCACAACUGGGUCAUGUCGCAGCACAUGCAGGCCUCUCACGCUCCGUACAAGUGGGACUACUGGCCCCACGAUGACGUCCGGGCCGAGUGCCGCUUCGUGGGUCUCACCAACCUGGGGGCCACCUGCUACCUGGCCUCCACCAUCCAGCAGCUCUACAUGAUCCCCGAGGCCCGUCAGGCCGUCUUCACCGCUAAGUACGCUGAGGACAUCAAACACAAAACCACACUACUGGAGCUGCAGAAGAUGUUCACAUAUCUCAUGGAGAGUGAGAGGAAAGCCUACAACCCCCGGCCCUUCUGUAAAACCUACACCAUGGACAAGCAGCCUCUCAACACCGGCGAGCAAAAAGACAUGACAGAGUUCUUCACGGACCUCAUUACCAAGAUAGAGGAGAUGUCUCAGGAGCUGAAAAACACGGUGAAGACUCUGUUUGGAGGCGUCAUCACAAACAACGUGGUGUCUCUGGACUGUGACCACGUCAGUCAGACUGCGGAGGAGUUUUACACAGUCCGGUGUCAAGUGGCAGAUAUGAAGAACAUCUAUGAGUCCCUGGACGAGGUGACCAUCAAGGACACUCUGGAGGGCGACAACAUGUACACCUGCUCGCAGUGCGGCAAGAAGGUCCGCGCGGAGAAAAGAGCCUGUUUCAAGAAGCUGCCUCGCAUCCUGAGCUUCAACACCAUGAGGUACACGUUCAACAUGGUGACCAUGAUGAAGGAGAAGGUCAACACACACUUCUCCUUCCCCCUGCGCCUCGACAUGACGCCUUACACCGAGGACUUCCUCAUGGGCAAAGGAGAGCGCAAAGAGGGUUCGUCUCAACGCUCUGAAUUCACUCAGAAAUGUUUCCGUGAGGAGGGAGAGACGAAGGUGACGGAGAGCUACGAGUACGACCUCAUCGGCGUCACCGUGCACACGGGCACGGCGGACGGCGGCCAUUACUACAGCUUCAUCAGGGACAUCGUCAACCCGCACGCCUACAAGAACAACAAGUGGUACCUGUUCAACGACGCCGAGGUGAAGCCCUUUGACUCCGCCCAGCUGGCCUCCGAGUGCUUCGGCGGAGAGAUGACGACCAAAACCUACGACUCCGUCACUGACAAGUUCAUGGACUUCUCCUUUGAGAAGACACACAGUGCCUACAUGCUCUUCUACAAGAGGGUGGAACUGGAGGAGGAGAACGGGAAGGACUUUAGUUUUGAUGUGUCUCCUGAUCUACUUGAGUGGAUCUGGCACGACAACAUGCAGUUCCUCCAGGAUAAAAACAUAUUUGAGCACACCUACUUCGGGUUCAUGUGGCAGCUCUGCAGCAGCAUCCCCAGCACACUACCAGACCCUAAAGCCGUCUCCCUCAUGACCGCCAAGCUCAGCACGUCCUUCGUCCUCGAGACUUUCAUUCACUCCAAGGAGAAGCCCACCAUGCUGCAGUGGAUCGAACUUCUGACCAAACAGUUCAACAACAGCCAGGCCGCCUGCGAGUGGUUUUUGGACCGGAUGGCCGACGACAACUGGUGGCCGAUGCAGAUCCUCAUCAAGUGUCCCAAUCAGAUCGUCAGACAGAUGUUCCAGAGGUUGUGCAUUCACGUCAUCCAGAGGCUGCGUCCGGUCCACGCUCACCUCUACCUGCAGCCCGGCAUGGAGGACGGCUCCGAUGACAUGGACGGGCCUGUGGAGGACAUCGGGAGCCGGUCCUGCGUCACUCGCUUCGUUAAGACGCUCCUGUCCAUCAUGGAGCACGGCGUCAAGCCGCACAGCAAACACCUGACCGAAUACUUCGCUUUCCUCUACGAGUUUGCCAAGAUGGGAGAGGAGGAGAGUCAGUUCUUAUUGUCACUACAAGCCAUCUCCAUCAUGGUGCAUUUCUACAUGGGAACCAAAGGACCUGAGAAUCCUCAGGUGGAGGUGCUGUCUGAGGAGGAGGGGGAGGAAGAGGACGAGGAAGAGGACAUCUUGUCUCUGGCUGAGGAGAAGUAUCGUCCUGCAGCUCUGGAGAAGAUGAUCGCCCUCAUCGCUCUCCUGGUGGAGCAGUCUCGCUCCGAGAGACAUCUGACUCUGUCCCAGAGCGACAUGGCGGCUCUGACCGGGGGGAAAGGCUUCCCCUUCCUCUUCCAGCACAUCAGAGACGGCAUCAACAUCAGGCAGACCUGCAACCUCAUCUUCAGCCUCUGUCGCUAUAACAACCGUCUGGCCGAGCACAUUGUGUCGAUGCUCUUCACCUCCAUCGCGAAGCUGACUCCUGAGGCUGCCAACCCCUUUUUCAAGCUGCUGACGAUGUUGAUGGAGUUCGCAGGUGGACCCCCGGGGAUGCCGUCCUUCGCCUCCUACAUCCUCCAGAGGAUCUGGGAGGUGAUCGAGUACAACCCGUCCCAGUGCCUGGACUGGUUGGCUGUGCAGACCCCCAGGAACAAACUGGCUCACAGCUGGGUGCUGCAGAACAUGGAGAACUGGGUGGAGCGUUUCCUGCUGGCUCACAACUACCCGCGAGUCCGCACAUCGGCGGCGUACCUCCUGGUCUCCCUCAUCCCCAGCAACUCCUUCCGCCAGAUGUUCCGCUCCACGCGCUCCCUCCACCUGCCGACCCGCGAGCUGCCGCUGUCGCCCGACACCACCGUGGUCCUGCACCAGGUCUACAACCUGCUGCUGGGGCUGCUGGGACGCGCCAAGCUGUACGUGGACGCCAGCGUCCACGGAACCACCAAGCUGGUGCAGUACUUCAGCUUCAUGACCUACUGCCUCAUCUCCAAGACGGAGAAACUCAUGUUCUCUGGAUACUUCAUGGACCUGUGGAACCUCUUCCAGCCCAAACUGUCGGAGCCGGCCAUCGCCACCAACCACAACAAGCAGGCGCUGCUGUCCUUCUGGUACAACGUGUGCGUGGACUGCCCGGAGAACGUGCGGCUGGUGGUGCAGAACCCCGUGGUGACCAAGAACAUCGCCUUCAACUACAUCCUGGCCGACCACGACGACCAGGAGGUGGUGCUCUUCAACCGCGGCAUGCUGCCCGCCUACUACGGCAUCCUGCGCAUGUGCUGCGAGCAGUCGCCCGCCUUCACGCGCCAGCUGGCCUCGCACCAGAACAUCCAGUGGGCCUUCAAGAACCUGACGCCGCACGCCAGCCAGUAUCCAGGGGCGGUGGAGGAGCUGUUCAACUUGAUGCAGCUGUUCGUGGCUCAGCGAGCCGACAUGCGAGAGGAGGAAGUGGAGGACGUCAAACAGUUCAAGAAAACCACCAUCAGCUGCUACCUGCGCUGCCUGGACGGGCGCUCCUGCUGGACCACCCUCAUCAGUGCCUUCAGAGUCCUGCUGGAGAACGACGAGGACCGACUGCUGGUCGUCUUCAACCGAGGACUCAUCCUCAUGACUGAGUCCUUCAACACGUUGCACAUGAUGUACCACGAGGCGACGGCGUGUCACGUCACCGGAGACCUGGUGGAGCUGCUCUCCAUCUUCCUGUCCGUCCUCAAAGCCACUCGGCCGUACCUGCAGCGCAAAGAUGUGAAGCAGGCUCUGAUCCAGUGGCAGGAGAGGAUCGACUUCGCCCACAAGCUGCUCACGCUCCUCAACUCCUACAGCCCCCCCGAGCUCCGUAACGCCUGCUUAGACGUCCUGAAGGAACUUGUUCUGCUGAGUCCACAUGACUUCCUGCACACACUGGUCCCGUUCCUGCAGCACAACCACUGCACCUACCACCACAGCAACAUCCCCAUGUCCUUCGGGCCGUACCUGCCCUGCAGAGAGAACAUCAAGCUGAUGGGAGCCAAAAACAACAUCCGACCCCCGAGGCCCGAACUCAACAUGUGUCUGUUGCCCUCGUUGGUGGAGAGCAGCAAGGGCAAAGACGAGGUUUAUGACCGGAUGCUGCUCGAUUACUUCCUCUCCUACCAUCACUUCAUUCACCUGCUGUGUCGCGUCGCCAUCAACUGCGAGAAAUUCACCGACACGCUCGUCAAACUGAGUGUGCUGAUAGCGUACGAAGGACUCCCUCUUCAUCUGGCCCUCUUCCCCAAACUGUGGACGGACCUCUGUCAGUCACAGUCCGUUCUGGCUAAGACAUGUGUGAAGCUGCUGUGUGAAGAUCCCGCCUUCAGCGAGUACAUUAAGUGUAUCCUGAUGGACGAGAGGACGUUCCUCAACAACAACAUGGCCUACUCCUUCCUCACCUGCUUCCUGCACAAGGUCCAGGUUUUGUCUGGUCCCAGCUGCUCCAACCUGAUCGGGGUCCUGGUGACCAACCUGCUGAGUGAACAGAGCAGCCUGCAGCCUGAACUGGCCGCUCACCGCAUGGAGCUCAACAAGACCAGCAGCCUGCUCAACGCGGACCUGAGGGCGUUGGUGCUGCUGCUGUCCGUCCAGCCUCCUCAGACCCUGGACCCAGCCCUCUGCCCGGCCCUGCAGGAGCUGCUGGGACGCUGUCGUCUUUGUGUCCAGCAGCGCAGCGCCCUGGAACUGGAGGCCAAAGACCACAAGGCCAAAGCUGAGGAUGAAGGGGCAACCCCGGUGAAGCGGCGGAGGGUGAGCAGUGACGACGACAGAGCCGGAGACGCACCGGCUCCCCUCUGCGUGGCCUCCACCUCCUCCUCGGCCCUCCCGCCCUGCAGCGAGCCGAAGCCCGACCACCAGGAGGCGCUGACUCCCACCAGCACCUCGGACACGGAGACCCGAGACUCCUCCUCUCUGAUCGACCCCGGCACCGAGCAGGACCCGCCCUCUCCGGACCCCGCCCCCGCCGUCUCCGGAAACCUGGACUCGUCCCCCAAAGAGGAGAAGAUGGAGGCAUCUUCAUCAUCCUCCUCCUCGUUCUCCUCCUCCUCCUCCUCCCUGCUACAGGAGCCGGGCGAGGGGUUUGCGCAGGGGGAGGAGCCUGAGCUGGCGCAGCACGUUGCGACGGGUGAGGAGCAGCAGCAGGGGGAGGAAGAGGAGGAAGAGGAGGAGGUGGAGCAGCAGCAGCAGCAGCAGCAGCAAGAGAGGAGGAGGAGGGGUGAUGCGAUGUCUGCCGCCACAGAAGAGGUAAAGGAGGAGAAGGAGGCGGGGUCUAAGACCAGCAGCUCAGCCCCGCCCAUCUCAGAGGACGCCACUUUCCCAUCAGCCCUGGGGUUGGUGGGCGAGGGGCCGGACGGGGGUCAUUCCUCCUCAUCACAGGGGUUCCCAAGCUCCGGGCCCCCACCCGACAUGCUGGACAUGCUGUACAGGACGGUGGAAGCCACCAUCGCCAUAGUUACCAAACUGUCCGUUAAAGGCCCGGCGUCGUCAUGACACCCUCAGCUCCCAGCCGCCACGAGAUCUUUUCUUUCCCUUCUCUCUCUCUCUCUUUCUCUUUCUCUCUUUUGUAAAUCUGAAUUCUGCUCAGAGGAAAAGGACGAUAUUUCUAUAUUUCUUCUUCUUCUCCUGCUGCUGCUGUCGUGCUGCUGUUCGUUGCCUUCUGCUGAUGUCCAGUCGGUCGGUCUCUCCAGCUUCAGUGGCUCCCGCCGUGUCGUCCCGCGCCCUCUCCACAAAAAAAAAAAAUAGAAACGAGAAACCCCGACUCGCCCCCGACCCCGCCGCACAAACAACCCCUCGUUUUCACAAAUAAAGAAGAAAAACAGGAAAAAAGUUGUACAAGCUACAGCACAUUUAUUAUUAUUAUUAUUAUUUUCCUCAAAAGGGCAAAACUAGUUUUGUUCUGUUUCCUUUUUUGUUUGUUUGUUUCUUUUUGUGUGUGUGUGUUUUAUACUGAUUUGAAUUUGAUUUUAUUGUUUGAGGUUUGCUUCUACGGGGAAAGGUUUACAGAACUUUAGUCUCCUGUAUGUAAUUUAAUUUCAUUGCAUUUUUACUGUGUAUAAAAACGGUCGUCCUCUGUGCCAGUUUUGUACUUUAUGAACGAGGCAAAAAGAAAGUUGCCUUGAGUUUUUUCUGUGGUUUAAUUAUCCAGAAAUGAGUUUACUUGUAAAUUAAGAGAACCACAAGAAACUUGAUUCUGUAAAGAAUCCUCUCUAGUCAUUGCCUGAAGGUGUAUAUGAAAACUAUAUAAAUAUAUAUAUAAAUAUCUUUAUAUAUAUAUGAAUAUAUAAAAGUGGUGCUUUAUUUGACUGUGGUUGAAAUAAAGCCCCCGUCUUGGACCAGCUGGAGCUUUUAUUUUCUUUACUGAAGUACAUUCCAUAAUCUAUUGUUUAUUUUCGCUUCUUCUGCUGUGUUCUGAUUAUUAUUAUUAUUAUUAUUAUUUGUUUUUUUCUUCUGAUUUUAUUUUAAUAGAGAAUAAAUUAAUAAAAAACAUUUUACUAUGAAGAAUUAUGAACUGA